AUGUCUUCCAAUCUGCCUGAAAAGAAGAAUUUUCUUCAACGAGCUAGUGAUAUUCGCCGCCGUCAAACCGACCAAAGUACUACAAGUGGCAAGCUCACUAAUCCUGCUAAGAAAAAGCAAGACAUGACAGAAGCAGGAUCGAUAUCGCAAGGCAUAGAAGUGAUUUCGAAAACUAGGUCAGAAGCUGCAGAGGACGAUCCCGAGGUAGAGCCAAAUGGAGAAGAUGAUGCGAGCAAGCGAAGUGGAGAACAGAUGAGACUAUCGUCGAUGUUAGCCCAAACAGAGCAGCAAAAUAAUGCCAAUGAUUUGGGGAAUAUAAAGAAGAGAGUCUCAAAAGGUUCGUCUAAGGCCAUUCCAAUGUACCGUAGGCUAAUAAGACAGGCGCAGGCGCCUCCCAAGCCAGUCAAUGUCUCACAAGAGGUUACAGCAGCAAUUGAAGCGCUGUCUUUCAAACUACGUAAUCAAGACGAAAUCCUCCGAAAUUUAGGUGAAGCGAGCGAUAAACACGCUGCGGAUAACAAUGCCCUGAGAAAGAUAGUCGAUGAGACACGCGUCAAGGUCAGAGAUUCUAAAGCCAUAUCGAUGGGCCAAAAUCUGCAACUAGCCCAAUUGCAGAGCGAACUUGAAAUAAAUCAAGCAAAGUUCGAUGUCUUGCAGGCGUACAGUAAUGAACAGGACGUGAAAUUGAUAAGCAAGGAUGAGAUGGUUGAAAAGCUUCAAAAAGAGAAUAUAAAAAUCAAUCGACAAUUACAAGAAUCCGAAGCUGCUAGAGUAGCAACGCCUCGCAUGAGUCCAUCUCUUGAUGCAGCCAGGAUCCAAAGUGCGAGGCUCAAAGAUAGCGCAGCUGACAAAGAAGAGAUCAAUAUUCUGAGGUCGAAAAUCUCAGCACUUGAAGAAGAGCUGCACGAAGUGGAAGUGCAGCUCAAACAGGAAAGUAUUAAAGCAAUAGAGAUGGCGGAAAAGCACGGAGAUGAGAUAGCGAAACUCAUAGAGGAGCACGAUGAUCUAGCCAUCGAAAAGUUAUUCAUGGAGAAUGAGUUGAAGUCGGAGAAAGAAUCUUCUACUAUUCAACUUGAGGAAAUGGAGACACUUGUCAAGAGACUCAAACUCGAACUGAUUGAAAGCAAAGGGAGUUUCCGGUCUUGGCUACGUAUCCGACCUCCGCAAGGCACUCUCAUUAAACAGCCCAUCUCAAUUCAUGGUGGUGAUAGAGUAGAAGUCAUCGACAGAUUUGGCAAAACUCGUGACUUUCAUUUUGACCGCGUUUUUGCACCUGAAGCUAACAAUGCCUCCGUUUUCCACGACCUAAGUGAAAUCUUAGAGGCUGCCCUUCAGGGCUACGACAUUACCGUCCUUGCAUAUGGACAAACCGGCUCUGGAAAAACAUACACCAUGAGUGCGAUGCUCGAUAUGGCUUUAGAACAAAUUUUCACCCAACUUGGCAAAUCCCAAGGGACCGGCUAUAGCGUCAAGGGCCGCUGUAUUGAAGUAUAUGAACAGAAGGUAUACGACCUCUUCAAGCCAGUACGAGAACCACAAAAGGUCUCAAGCGAGUGCGGUGGUAUGUGGCCCGCGCGCGAGCAGGUCUUGCCCGUGGAAACGGUUGUUCUUGACAACCUUGAAUCCAUUCAAGCAAUGAUUAAGGAUGUGAAUAAGAAUCGUACAUCAGGUCGAACUGAAAAAAAUGACACUUCGUCACGUUCUCAUAUGUUCUUGUCCUUCCAGAUAAAAGCAUCAAAGGCGGAACCAUCUGGUGCCAUCACAACGACACACUCCGGCAUUACAUUCAUUGAUCUUGCAGGUUCCGAGUCUUUGAAAAAUGUCACUGGUCGGCAGACACAAACACAAGCUAUCAACUCCGAGCUUUCAGCCUUGAAAAGCGUGCUAAUUGCCAUGGGCAACAACACAGCGCGCAUUCCAUUCCGAGACACACAGCUCACCAGACUGCUUCAAGAUAGCUUUACUGGCGGUAAAGUGCUUUUUAUCCAAGCAGCUAGCCUUGGUGAGCUGGAGGAAUCCAUUCAUACGAUGGAUUUUGGUGGUUUAGUGAGCAAGGUUACGCAAAAAAAGCCGGCGAAGAAUGUUGUUACGAAGUUUGCAGCUACGAAGGGUGGGUUGAAGGAAACUAAAAUGACCUCGCCGACACCCGCUACUGGUGCUAGCACUAGAAUGGCUCCUAGGGGUGCCCCCCCUACUCGAGGUGCUCCAGCUACAAGGGGUAGCCAUGGUCCCCGAGGCAACACUCGGGAUAGCGGACGAGACAAAUGA